AUGUCGCUCUCGCUCGACAAGUCGGAAGAGUCGGUCUUCCUCCGCUUCGCUGCGCGCUUCUGCGGCGUCAAGACGUCGUCGGCCGCCCAUGGUGACAUCCGCCUCAAGCUCGGCAACGUCAUCCUUAACGAGACCAACACGAUCGUGCGCUACUUUGCCCGGGCGGCCGACCGCGAGCUCGAGCUCUCGGGCGCGACGCCCCUCGAGCAGGCCGAGAUCUCCGAGUGGAUGAGCGUCGCUUCCAACCAGCGCGCCAACGAGGGCCUCAACAACAAGGGCCAGUGGGACCUCCUCGACGCCCACCUUGCGUCGCGCGUCUACUUU